AAUGCCUUGCUUCACAGAAAUCGCAACUAUUGGAUGAUCCCGAAGGGCUCAAUCCAAUCGUGUUUGAACCUGGAGUACUUCAUAUUUCGAUACAACGAAAACGAGCGCUGCGGUCAAUAUCCGACGGAACGAAUGCUCCAGAAGCUACAUGUUUAUUCCCAUGAGCAGCGGGCGUAUCGACGACUAAGACACUAUCAAGAGCUUGCUCGCCGUUGAACACGGGUCGAAUACGACGCGGAAUGGAUGAUAAAUAGGCGCUCGUCGAGCGGCGACAAUAUCCGUGACAUGCGUGACAGGUAACGACUGUAACAUUCGACUCCGUCCUUGGGCCAGAGGUUGCUCAACACCAACUCGAACAUCUCCUUUUCUUCCUUACCUUUCCCUCUUCAUUCUUGCAGCAAGCAUGGCGUACGGACUUACAAUUGGAACGGAGCGUGCGACUGCUCUGCAGAAUGCUAUCCAAGAUGAGCUGACGAAACGGGGGUAUAGUCCUGACGCAGAUCCCGUUAUGGCGGAAUAUAUCACUAUUAUGAUAAUCAACAAUAAGACUGCUGGUACGUACUACCUUUUAUACAACAAGAAGUCGCCUGCUGACACCCACAUAGCUCAGAUCUCAAGCGAGCUGGAAGACUUGAUUGGUUCUGAUUUUGAUCCUAGCUUUGUUGAUUGGCUAUUUGCCGAAGUUGAAAAGUCAGCACCAGAAGAAGAAGCUCCUGCACCACCAGAACCAAUACCCUUGAUUUCUACUCCCUCACGAGAAGCUCCCCCACAUGUCCAAAGUGAUCUCGCAAGGAGGACCCCGCAAGCUCCGAGAGCCCCUCUGUACCAGCAAGCCAUCUCUCAAUUACCUUUAAUAUCACCAAACGAUAGGAAACGAACACGGUCUACGUCUCCUGGCCAUGCAGCAAAAGUUCGACGGACGGACCUCCCAACUGGCCCGCGAGCUAUGUACCGGGAUGGUCACGAGCCGAUCGCUGGAGGUUCGAGAAGCUUACUCGACAGAGUUGGUCCGCGGAAUGCGUCUCAUGGCAACUUCCCGAGGGAAAACCAAGCUCGCAUUGACACCAUUCAGGCGCGAAUUGAUAACAUAACUAACGCCCCCUCACCGGACAUGGCGGCGAUGAUGAUGAACGCAGGUUUCCCAAUGAAUGGCAUGCCGCCCAUGGACAUGAAUGCAAUGGCAAGCAUGACGAAUCCGUUGAUGUUGCAGGAGAUGAUGAUGAACCAAAUGGCGCUCAUGUCGCAAAUGGCAGGAGCUUUAGGUAUGAUGAGCCCUGGAGCACCAUUCAUGAACGGUGGCUUUCCUAUGCAGCCCGCCAUGGGCGGAGAUGCUACUGCGUUCGCUGCAGGCCCGAAUGGACAGCAGAUGGGUGGUAUGGAUAGAGGAAGAGGAAGGGGAAGAGGUGGCGCAGUCGGACGAGGUCGUGGAAGAGGAGGUCAGCCAUCGGGUGGCUUCGCUCCCUCAAAUGGCACUGAAACGACUGGUGCUGCACUGGCACCACUGACUACAGCAGAACCGACCGCUGCGCCAGUUGCAGCACCCACGCCGACUCCCGCCACAUUCACACCUGCGACCGCUGCCGCACCCGCGAUUACUCCCUCACAAUCACGUUCUGGAUUUGUUCCACCCGAGCGACCUCAGUCACCGACAUUGUGCAAGUUCGGCUUGAAAUGCACGAACCCUCUUUGCCGCUGGUCCCACCCUUCGCCUGUCGCCACGCCUGAGAGUGGCGUUGUUUUGAGUAACGAGCCUUGCGAGAAUGGGAAAAACUGCAAAGAUAAAGACUGUGUAAAGGCACAUGUCAGUCCAGCUGUUUUAAAGCCAGCAGGUAGAGUAAACUUUUCUCUUCAAGUCGUUCAUUUACUGAUAUCUCUUAACCCAGCCCCUGAACAUCUAAAGCCAGCUCAUUACACCCCUCCCGGUCCACACCAGACGGCUUGUCGUUUUGGCACAGCUUGUACACGGCCCAACUGCCCAUAUCAACACCCACCCCGACCUAGUGCUCAGCCCUGUCGUUUCGGAGCUGGUUGUACUCGAGCCAAUUGUACGUUCCAGCAUCCAGAAGGACGAGUCCUACCCACCAGUUUCCAUCGCGGCCUUUCGACCACUGGCGGACUUGUUACGGUAUCGACGCCCGAGACUGGAACCAUUGGUGCACCGAGCCCUCAUAAGAGUGUGAAGUUCACUAGGACUCCGAGCUCUGGCGGAACCUCUGCUGCAGAGUUAGAGAAGCGAGUUAAGGAGAUGGAGGAGAAGAAGAGUCAAGCGGAGGCUGCUGUCGCUCAGGCGGAAGCUGCAGCUGCAGCCGCGGGCAAGAAAGAUGAUGAAAACAAGCCUGUCUCGAUUACCGCAUGAAAUGGCAUGAGCAAUAUGUUUGCUCUAUCACUCGACUUGCACCCUUCCAAGAUGAAGAUGAAGAAGUCUUCUCGUUGAUGUCGAAAAUGUGGACUUUCACUUUCUAGUAGAUUGGUCCCUGUGUAUGUGUACUUUAUUUUGCUGGUAUUUACCUCUUUACCUUUACGUCUUCCAUACCUAUCUCGUAGUCACAGUACGCUCGACUCAGGUCCACUUGGCUGCUGGUGCGAAAUACAGUGACUCUGGUCUUGUCGGCGCUGUACAACAUUUCUGAAUACGU